AUGCCAGUGAACCUCCAGGUCUCACAACCAUCUGCGGAUCAACAGGAAUCCCGACCAUUGGGCCAAUCUAGCUCCACGAGUGCGGUAGCCUCUUACCACCGUUCACAAAGGCAAGGCACAGCAUCCGAAGCACAAGUGGCCGCCUAUCGCACUUACACCCUGGGAGUACCCACUGAAGUUUUACUGGCCUGGCCUUUCGACACACCUCCGCAUCCCCAGCAACACGCUGCCUCGGCCUCGAGGUCGGGAUCGUUUCCUCCGACAAAUGCCAGCACCUCUGGCUUCGCAACUCUCCCGCUUCGCCCGAAACACUCUUCCUCAAAGCUUAAUCCUAAAGCAAAACCGUUCACGUUCAAGAGAAAGCCAUGA